CUCGUACCUUGCGGGCUCGUCGUUGGGCGCGAGAGAGCGAACAAGACAGCGCGACAUUGACAAAGGGCGGCGGGCCACCUCCAACAGACAAACACACCUACCUAUGCCCAUCGUGUGCCAUUCUAACUAAGUUAAUCCUCCACUCGCACCGUUCAAACUUUGGCUCGCCGUAGCGUUGGACCUGCAGAAAGCCUCACGCUCCCGCCCCCAACCCACACCCAGAAGCCGCUUCCCAUCGGCCAAUGCGACGCCGGGACCCGUCGACCUUAAUAUAUUAUUCCCCUGAUACCACCUUGGACAAGCCCUUUUCCCUUCCUCCCCCUCUCCCCCGACUCUGUUCUUCUGGCAUGAAGCUCGCCGUUCGGCCUCUACAGAAGAUGGGGUUCUUUCGCAGGGAUAAGGACAAGAAGAAGCAGCAAAAGGGUCACCAGCAGUCAAAGUCCCACGAAUUCACAGACUCCCAGCUGUCAAAGUACUCUUCCCAGGUCCAGCAGAACUUCCGCAACGUCGCCUCCCCGCCCGGCGCUCACAUCCCCACGCGAGCAUCCGCCGCCCUCUUCCAGAGCCUGCCAAAGGAAAUCCUCCCGCGAAUAUUCUCAUUCGUGUGCCCCCACACCCAAGAUGAGACCUACGAGACGUGCGAGACGAGCGCCAUCUUUGACGCUUGCAUGCUAUGCGACCUGAGAGACCUGGCCCACUGCGCGCGCGUCUGCUGGAAAUGGAACCAAGCGGCCAACGCCCUGCUGUACCACAGCAUCCGAAUCGACGCCGUCCACUAUUGCCCCCGCGAGAUCUACCUGUCAGAGCAGCGCAAGCGCAAGACCUUCUUCAAGCGCAACGCCGACCCCGAAGAUACCCCCACCGCCCGUCUGAAGCUGCUCUGCAGAACCUUGCGCGAGGAUCCAACACGCUUUGGCUCCAGAGUCCGAUACUUCAAGGUCCCCUAUAUGCUCCGCGAAGCCGCCACAGCCGACCUUGCCCGCAUUAUCCACGUUCUCCCCAACAUCGUCUACGUGGACCUACCCGAGGGCCUCUUCGCCGAUGAGCAUGGCUACGCCACAUUGAGGCUCGAGGUCGAGGCUAGAUGCCGAGACCUCCGCAAGAUGACGUACCGCGCAGGCGCUGAGAACAGCUUGUCCAAGCUAGCGCACGGCGGUAUCUGGCAGAAUCUCGAGGUCCUGGAGCUGAUCAAGAUCAACAUGGAUCCCAUCGUGCUGCGGCAUGCUCUGGCCAACCUGCGGAAGCUCCGCGCGCUAAAGGUGAUGGAGUCGCAAGCCUUCUCGGACGAUAUCUUUGCCCGCAGUGAAGAAUUGCCUCCGUUCCCGCCCCUCGAGGAGCUGGUCCUCAGCAAUACUCCGGCCGUCACUGCCCAAGGUUUGGUGGACUACCUGAGCCGGGCCGAUACCCGCAACCACCUGCUCGUCUUGUCCCUCCUCAAGACGGGCGUUCACCCGGCGACUCUCGCCGAUAUCUUGUCCGCGGGCACAAAUCUGCAGACGCUAGCCAUCGAGGCCUCAGUAAGCGACGCUUUCAAGAGUGGCCCCCGGACGCGUAGGCUCGCGUCGGUCUCUCUCGAGUCGCUGCGUUUCGAAAUCACCGCUUCCAAGUCCGCGGGCCCUUACUCCAGUGUCACAGCUAGUUACUACACUUAUUUGGCCGCAUCGCUCAGAGGCAACGGCAUGCCCAACUUGCGGUCAGUCUACGUGCUGGAUGAGUUCUUCCAAGACGAGCUCGAGGGUCUGCCCCGCCCCGCCGCGGCGUUUUCCUCCUAUGGCGCCAACGCUCGUCCGAAAUCUUCGCACACGCCCGGAGCCAACCGGCCAAUGUCCGGUCUGGGUCCCGGCAGCGGUGGUCGCGGCGGUCUCGCGCCGCCCAGCAGCGCCGGCAUGGCGAUCCCUCGACCUUUCGCAGGGGCUUCUCAAGUGCGCGCCUCGCAGCGAUUCAGUUCCACGAACCCCUUUGCCGGUACCGGCCCACUCUCACACCCUCUCACAAUCUACUGCAAGGCGGAUGAUGCUCUGGACUGGUCUUCCGUGAUGCUUCAGCCUACGGCAGCACUGGGUGGCGGAUCUCGCCAUCGAGGAAGCAUGAGCAUUCACGGCGACCGGCCAAUUAGUUCAUACGGCCUUGGCGCCGAUAUUGCGGGAUCAGGCUGGAACACGGCGGCGGCGAGGAAGAGUGUCAUGGUGGGCAACGGCGCGGGUAUGUUCAUGGCCAUCCCGAGCCAGAGCACCGGUGGCAGCAGGGGAAGUGACGAGGAUCUGUGGCCGAGGCCCAGCACGGCGAAUAACGAGAAGAAGUCGAAUGAUCUCUGGCGGUGAUUGAUGGUGGUGGAUGACCAGAAAUGGCAGCGGGACGGAUGAUACGUUGGCCGACGAUAUUCCCCUCAAGAAGGGGCAGGACGCGAGGGCAGACCCAACAUGAACAAGGUACAGAGAGACGUGUUAAUGACGGGAGGUUUGGACAGGAAUUUGGGAUUUGGGGUUGCCGGAGGGAGAGAGGCCGACAGAUAUGGUUAUCCCCAGGCUUCCGAUCAAAAAAGAAUUUUUCCUUUUCUUCUUUGUUUUUCCCCCCGUUUUCAUGGUUGUUGCGAGAUGGAAAUUCGGGAUAGUUAGGAUGCUUUGCGUUACAAUUCGUUUGUGACGAGACAAUACCCCGAUGGUUUGCUUACGGAGUAGAAUGGGGUGGAAUUUCAAAACACUGUUUAUUUUCCAAUCAUCAUCAUAUGGCUUUGUG